AUGAAUAAAUAGAUAAUACUUAAUUAGUAAAUAAAUAAAUAUAAAUAUAUCUCUUGGAUUAGAUCACUGAAUAAUAUUAAUCAAACAUAUAAAGUAUCAAAAUCAGAAAUGAGUUAUUAAUCAAGGCAAUUUUAUCAGCAAUUAUAGAAGCAGUAAUAAAAUGAUGUUGCAGAUAUGAGUAAAUUAGCAUAAAAUGGGAGUAGAUUAAUCACAAAUUAAAAAAAUAACUUAUUCAAACACGAUAUAAAUCAAUAUAUAAAUUAUUAUGAUAGGUCUGAUUAAUAUUUAAAUUACUAAUGUUCUUCAACAUAAAGAGAGUUGAGGAAAUUAAUCCUUGAAAAUAAAUUGCUGGACUAAAUCCAUUAACAAGAUCAUUUAAAUAGUGGUGUAAAAUAGAUCGAAUUAAAUCAAGAAGUAGAAUAAAAUGAUAGGUUUCAUGCUUAUAAUUAAAAUCUAAAAUAAAUUCAAUCAGAUUAUUUUAGUUCAUCACUUGUUGAAUUUAACAAGCUAAUGAAUAAAUAUAUUUGA